AUGGCCCUUCUAGGACUGAACGCCCCCCCCCCCCCCUCUCUCUCUCUCGUGUGUGUGAAGGCAGCCACUGUUCCGUCAGCCCAGUCGCUUCACCUCACAGACUUCAGCUUCAGCGACUUUGACCUGUCGGACGCCGAGACCACCCAAGCCACCAUCCGCAUGUUCGUGGACCUGAACCUGGUCCAGAACUUCCAGAUGAAGUACAAGAGCCUGUGCCAGUGGAUCCUGAGUGUCAAGAAGAACUACAGGAAGAACGUGGCCUAUCACAACUGGAGACAUGCCUUUAACACCUCCCAGUGCAUGUUCGCCGUACUCAAAUCCGGACGCUUACAGAGUAAUCUGAAUGAGCUGGAGAUCCUGGCCCUGAUGAUUGCCACCCUGAGUCACGACCUGGAUCACAGAGGAGUCAACAACUCCUACAUACAGAGGAGUGACCACCCCUUGGCCCAGCUCUACUGUCACUCCACCAUGGAGCACCACCACUUUGACCAGUGCCUCAUGAUCCUCAACAGCCCCGGGAACCAGAUCCUGAGCAGUCUGUCCCUGGAGGAGUACAAGACCACUCUGAAGAUGAUCGAGAGGGCUAUUCUGGCUACCGACCUGGCGCUCUACAUGAAGAGGAGAGGAGAGUUCUUUGACUUGACCAAGAACAGUCAGUUUGUGUGGGAAGACGACUACCACAGAGACCUCCUGAGGUCGAUGCUGAUGACUGCGUGUGACAUCUCGGCCAUCACCAAGCCUUGGCCGGUGCAGAAGAGGAUUGCAGAGCUGGUGGCUACAGAGUUCUUUGAGCAGGGGGACAAGGAGAGACAAGAGCUCAACAUUGAGCCCAUAGAUCUGAUGAACAGAGAGAAGAGAGACAAGAUUCCCAGCAUGCAGGUGUCGUUCAUCGACGCCAUCUGCACUCAGCUGUAUGAGACCCUGGCAGGUAUGUCAGAGCCAUGUUCUCCACUGCUUGAGGGCUGUCAGAAAAACAGGCAGCAUUGGAAGUGUUUGGCUGAACAGGGGGAGAAAGACAACGGAGGAGAGUGAACCUGGUGCCCCCUCUACAUGGUCCCCUUCUACACGAUCCCCCUCUACACGGCCCCCCUCUGCGUGGUCCCCCUCUACACGCCCCUCCAUAUACCCCACCCACCAUAACCCCCCCCCUCAGAGACGAUAUAAACAGAAACACUCAGCUAUAUUUAUUACCAUAGCCAUUUGUUUUCUUUAUCAAACGUACGUUGUUUUUUUUCUUGCACAAAGUUGACUUCCCACUAGGUAGGCCCUCGCAGUCGACUCUGGGAAAGGAAGCACCCUGAAUGGUGUGGAUGUUACAGUGUGUGUGGCGCCCUCUGGAGUGAAGUAGCGUCCUAGGGAAUAACUUAAAAUCCAACAAUAUGGAUUCUAACAUAUUAACCACACUCCACUUAGCAUAACAGAAAGCUUAGUUGUAAGUUGGGUUGGAAAAAAAAACACUUUGAAAGAAUUGCUCACAGUACAUGCUCAUUAUACACAGGUUUU